AGCAGCCAUUUUGGCUCAGGUGCCGGCGCGCGUGCAGGAGCGGGGGCUCCGAAUGUGCGGCCGGGCCUUCGGGAGCUGCGCUCUGGCAGCCUAGCCGAGCGAUGCCGACCUGGGAGCCGCGGGACCGGCGGAGAGGGCCCGAGGACACCUUCCUCCGCGCCGAGGAUCGCCGCUUCGAGCGCCGCUACCAGCUGGAGGAGAAGCCGGUCGGGGAGGGCACCUAUGGCGCCGUCUACAUGGCCACGUGCAGAGAGACUCGGCGAACCGUGGCCGUCAAGAAGGUCAAGAUGGAGGGCGAGGAGGAGGGCAUCCCCAGCACGGCGAUCCGGGAGGUGGCCGUGCUCAAGACCACGGACCACCCGAACGUCGUGAAGCUGCUCGACGUCUGCUGCACGCCUGGCAGGCUGCACCUCGUCUUCGAGUUCAUCGAGAUGAAUCUGAAGCAGCACAUGAAGCGCCUGAACUUCUCGCUGGAUCCCGGUGCCGUGAGGUCGCUGACGAGGCAAAUGCUCCGGGGCACCGAGUACUGCCACUCGCACAGGAUCAUCCACCGAGACCUCAAGCCGCAGAACAUCCUCAUCCAGCGGGCUGGCUGUGCCCCCGGGAGCGAGGUGGUCAAGAUCGCGGACUUCGGCAUGGCUCGCGCGUUCUCCCUGCCCCUGCCCAAGUACACCCACGAGGUGGUCACCACGUGGUACCGCGCGCCAGAGAUCCUCUUCGGCGUCGAGGAGUACUCCCUGGCCGUGGACACUUGGAGCGCGGGGUGCAUCAUGGGCGAGAUGGCCACGGGCACUGCGCUCUUCCAGGGCGACAGCGAGAUAGACACGAUCUUCCAGAUCUUCCGGAAGCUGGGCACGCCGACCGAGGCCGACUGGCCCGGCCUGCCAGAGCUGCCGGACUUCAAGCCCACGUUCCCGCAGUGGAGGAAGAGGCCGUGGGAGGAAAUACGCAACACCGUUGCGCAGCUGGGCUCCUCCGGCGUCGACCUGCUGGAGCGCCUGCUCACCUACGACCCACGGCGUCGGGACUCCGUCCGGCAGGCUCUG